UCAUAAAGCAACUACUUCAUCCUCUCAGGAGUCACCGUUUGGGAGUUGAUGACCUUUGGGUCCAAGCCUUACGACGGUAUCCCCGCAAGUGAGAUCUCAACCAUCCUGGAGAAAGGAGAGCGCCUCCCGCAGCCGCCCAUAUGCACCAUCGAUGUCUACAUGAUCAUGGUCAAGUGCUGGAUGAUAGAUGCAGACAGUCGCCCAAAAUUCCGUGAAUUGAUCAUCGAAUUCUCCAAAAUGGCCAGAGACCCCCAGCGCUACCUUGUCAUCCAGGGGGAUGAGAGGAUGCAUUUGCCAAGCCCUACAGACUCCAACUUUUACCGCGCCCUGAUGGACGAAGAGGACAUGGAGGACGUUGUCGAUGCCGAUGAGUACCUCAUCCCCCAGCAGGGCUUCUUCCAUAGCCCCUCCACAUCCCGGACCCCCCUCCUAAGUUCUCUGAGCGCCACCAGCAACAAUUCCCCCGUGGCUUGCAUUGACAGAAAUGGGAGCUGCCCCCUCAAAGAAGACAGCUUCCUGCAGCGGUACAGCUCAGACCCCACUGGCACCUUGACCGAGGACAACAUGGAUGACACUUUCCUCCCAGCACCUGAAUACAUAAACCAAUCUGUUCCCAAAAGGCCUGCGGGUUCCGUCCAGAACCCCGUCUAUCACAAUCAGCCUCUGAAUCCAGCUCCUGGCAGAGACCCUCACUACCAAAAUCCCCACAGCAACGCAGUGGACAACCCUGAGUAUCUCAACACCCACCCUACCUGCGUCAACAGUGUGCUCGACGGCCCCAGCCUCUGGGCCCAGAAGGGCAACCACCAAAUCAGCCUGGACAACCCUGACUACCAGCAGGACUUCUUCCCCAACGAAGCCAGGUCAAAUGGCAUCUUCAAGGGCCCUGCAGCUGAAAAUGCAGACUACCUGAGAGUAGCACCACCCAGCAGUGAGUUUAUUGGAGCAUGACCAUGGAGGAGAGCGUAGGACAUGAGCGUCUCAGAUGUGUCGUGCCCCUGGGACCAAGCCACGGCAGCUACACAUUAGUGCUGGUAGUCACGCCCACGUUAACUCUCGGACCCGUGGACUGGUUUGGCCAUAUGUGCUCUGAUGGACCCAUCCUUCACCCAGGAAGCGCCCCCUCCUCAGAUGCACUUUGGAAAGUUGCUGGGACAUUCCUUUGUCUUCAAACUGUGAGGCCUCCGCAAAAAGGCAUCCAGCAAGAAUAUUGUGUCUUUGGGCAGAAGUUCACCUUUCCAUGAGGUAUAUUUGAUAAAAAACAAAACCAAACCAAACCAAAAAAAUUGCAUAAGGAGUUUUAUUGCUUGGGGACCCUGGGGGCUUUUAAUUGUCAUUAUUGAUUUUAUUUCUCAUGGGCUUUUCCAAUGAGGAAGAAGCUUGCUCAUAGCACUUGCUGCACGGAGUUGAUCCAGGCCCAACUGUGACCAAGAAGCAAGGGUCAGAGUCUUCCAGCUAACAUUUGAUUCCACUGACUCUGCUUCAAGAUUCUUCCACUGCAAGACAAUUAAAAAAAAAAAAAAAAAAAAAACUAGAAGUACUCUGUGUCCUAAGCAGGACUGAUUGGUACUGUAGCAAAUCAUAGCAGGUACAAGAGGAUAAGCCACUUUGAACCCUUCCUGAGCGCAAAAGAAAUGGAGGGGGUAGAAUUCUUCUUCAGACUUCUUUUUAUAUAAAUUUCUUCAUGGUACUUACUCGUCAUCGGUUGACCAGUGUUUUCUAGUUAUAAGUAUUGGACUUACUUCUUUAUUUUCCAUUCCACUGUUUUGAAAAACUCAGUAUGCUUUCCCUGUCGGUAAGAGGAGACGGUACAUCAAACCGUAACCUGGACCAGCUCGUAUUUGAUCGGCAUUCAGACCAGUAGCCUUUAAUCAAGACGGAACAAUAAUGCAAAAGUUCACACAAGAACGUGGCUCCCAAAUUUGAGUCUCAGAGAAAAUACAUCAAGUCCUUUGGGGGUUGGGGAAUGGGCAUAUAUCAGGACACUGCAGAAAUGAGAAGCUGUUCCUAAAACUCCCACCCCGCCCCUUACUGCCAAAUUAGGCUACUUAUGGGACAUAAUUUUCUUUUUAUUUUACUUUAGAAGUUUUUUACUCAAAGGGUACUUUUUUCCCCUCUCUGGUAAGCUGCCCCCAAAGCCCCUCCUCGCCCUUUGUGAAUGAAAGGAUCCAGGCUCUGGGGCCACCAAGCAGAAACUGACAGCCCUCACCCCCGGGGGCACACUUUACAGGGGGAAGUAAAAACACUAUGCGUCGGGGAAUUAAAGUGGGAAAUAUGAAAUCAGAGUUUGAAAUCGAUGAUAAUGCCUUAACAACAAUCUACAGGUAGUUUUUCCGAAAAAAAAAAAAAAAAUUCCCUCGUAAGACAAUUUCCCUAUCAUUGGAGGAUCCAGCUAAUUUAGGGCACCAAGUGUUUUUCCACCUCGUGUGUCCUCGCAACCUGACCGGUUCAUGGCAGUCCUAUGUACAGAGGUGUUAAACGCUCUUAGUCCAUAUCCAGUCUUUCAAGGAAAAAACGUUUCAGACAGUAUUUUCGGCCUACGGAUGUGUUCAGCCGCACACACGUAUGAGAUUUCCCUUUUGCUGUUACAGUAUUUAUUGGUUCUCAGAUCAGGCCCCCAGUUUUGUUACCAGUAGAUUGACUUUGUCCCGAUGGAAAUAUAAACUCUAUUCAAUUCAAUUCCACUAUGUUUGCAGAUACUCUUAAGCACCCAUACAAGCCCAGCAUAGGCUCUAAAGAGAGAAAAAUGAAUAAAACAUAAUCCCCAAUUCCAAGAAAUCCACAAUUCAGCAAAGGGAAUUGGCUUGACUCAUAAAUAGAAACCUUCAGAUAAUAUGACCGGCGCUAGGCAAAGACAGGUCAGCCAGGCACGGACUGCAUGGCAGGGAAGAGUGGGUCCUGCCUGGGGGGACCUGGAAGGCUCAUCAGGGAGGGAGUGGUAGAGUUGGGCCAAACCGUGACUAGGGUCUUAGCCACGAGGGAAAUGGAAGUGUGUUCCCAGCAGAGGAAACCUUGACCAAGAAAGCAUCUGCCGGAGGAACUGCUAAUAAAGGGGGAGAAAAGCUGCAUUUGUGCAUCUUAACACGCUGUCCCUUUAAGCCUGGGAUCCAGCUUGCAGCGUUCCCCCAGUGCCCAAAAUGUGGCGUCCUCACUCGGGAUCUGAAAAUGAUGAGUGAAAAGAUUAUAUAUUUCUAAGACUCUAAAAUUUGACGCCAUUGUCAGUAAGCCACUUUCAUUAUUUAUUCACCUCAGAACAUAAAUAUUUUCAUCACAGAAGUUUAUUCGGCCCUGGGAAACAGACGGAUGCACAUUUUGUUACCACUUAUUCAUCAGGAAGCAAGUGAUUGAGGGAGAGCAACUGUAUGUCAGUCCAACUGUAGCAGUUAAAUCCUAGUAUUUUUGUAAUUUGCAAUAUUUUACUAUAACAUAAUAAAACAGCGAAAACUA